AAUAAAACGAAUUUCGGAGAAAAUAACAAAAUACUUAACCAAAAAACAAAAUUAGGGAUAAGGAAAGAAAAUCUUCUCUCAGGGCCGUCUCAUCAGAUUUCUUUCUUCAUUUCUCUUUUAACGUUUGGUUUCGUCUCCAAUUCGUUAUCUUCCCUAGAAAUUCCUUUUAUACUGAAUCAAGUUGUCUCGUAUCAGCCUUAGAUCAGACGAAAAUCGAAUCUGAAGACCCAUUUUUUCUUCUUCCGUUUCAUUUUUUUUUCUCCGCAACCUGAAUCUGAAGCUUUGUCAGAAAAAAAGUCAGACUUUUUCGAUAACGAUGGUGGUCAAUGGGUAUGGUUUCUAGUCUGGUUUUAUAGCAGAAGCGUAGCUCAAGCAAUUAGAUUACUUGGAGAAAGUUUUGCAGAAUCGAUUUGGGUCAAACACUUUGAUCGAUUCAGCGAUUGGAGGGUGGAUUUGGUCUUUCGGUGAUUUGAAUUUGAGGGGUUCUUACUGGAAUUUCUAGUUCUCUUGCUUUGGUGAUAAAAUCUGGGAUUAGAGUUUAAGAGAUCUUAAUCAGCUUUUCGGGUCAAAUAGAUCGAAGAAGAAAGGCUACUUGUUAAUCAAAAAAGGUCUUAGAUUGGAGAAAAACAAUGGAUCGUGUGGUUGGUGGCAAGUAUAAGCUGGGGCGUAAACUCGGAAGUGGUUCUUUUGGUGAACUUUUUCUAGGGGUGAAUGUGCAAACUGGAGAAGAAGUUGCUGUGAAGCUUGAACCUGCUCGGGCUAGGCAUCCUCAGCUUCAUUAUGAGUCAAAGCUCUAUAUGCUUCUUCAAGGAGGAACUGGUAUUCCUCACCUGAAAUGGUAUGGUGUCGAGGGUGAAUACAACUGCAUGGUGAUUGAUCUUUUGGGCCCUAGCAUGGAGGAUUUAUUCAAUUAUUGUAGCCGGAGGUUCAAUCUAAAGACGGUUCUAAUGCUCGCGGAUCAGAUGAUUAACCGAGUCGAGUAUAUGCAUGUCCGGGGUUUUCUUCAUCGUGAUAUCAAACCAGAUAACUUUUUGAUGGGUCUUGGACGCAAAGCAAACCAGGUGUACAUCAUUGACUACGGGCUUGCGAAAAAGUACAGAGAUCUUCAAACUCAUAGGCACAUUCCCUACAGGGAAAACAAGAAUCUUACUGGAACAGCUCGAUAUGCAAGUGUUAACACUCAUCUUGGAAUUGAGCAAAGUAGGAGGGACGAUCUGGAAUCUCUUGGCUAUGUGCUUAUGUAUUUUCUUCGAGGAAGUCUGCCAUGGCAAGGCCUUCGUGCAGGUACCAAAAAGCAGAAGUAUGACAAGAUCAGCGAAAAGAAAAGGCUUACACCCGUAGAGGUUCUUUGUAAAUCCUUUCCACCUGAGUUCACAUCAUACUUUCUCUAUGUACGAUCAUUGCGGUUUGAAGACAAACCGGAUUAUCCAUACCUAAAGAGGCUUUUCAGGGAUCUCUUCAUCCGAGAAGGUUAUCAGUUUGACUAUGUAUUUGAUUGGACAAUCUUGAAGUAUCCGCAAUUCGGCUCUAGCUCCAGCUCCAGUUCCAAACCAAGAUCAAGCCUUAGACCAGCUCUGAAUCCUCCAGUGCCAUCCGCCGAGAGACCAGAAAAACGAGAAGCUGGACAAGAAAGUCGCGAUAGAUUCUCGGGUGCUUUAGAGGCAUAUGCUAGAAGAAAUGGCUCAGGAAGCGGUGCGGUUCAAGCUGAUCGAUCUAGACCAAGAACCUCAGAGAAUGUACUAGCAUCAUCAAAGGACACAACACCACAAAACUACGAGAGAGUCGUCGAAAGACCAAUCUCUUCAACAAGACACGCGAGUUCUUCAAGAAAAGCCAUUGUCUCGAGCGUUCGAGCUACUUCUUCAGCUGAUUUCACAGAGAAUCGUUCGAGCAGAGUCGUCCCAAACAAUGGACGUUCAUCGACGGCUCAACGGACUCAGCUUGUUCCUGACCCAACGACCACUAGAUCAUCGUCUUCUUCUUUCGCCCGAGCUGCACCAUCGAGGACUGCUCGGGACAUCACGCUCCAGAGCUUUGAGUUACUCACCAUAGGGAAUGGGAAGAGGAAGUGAGGCUUUAUCGGUGAGUGAGUGGAGGGAACUGUGACAUUUUUAUGAUUACUCUGUUUUUUAUUUUUGCGAAAUUAUCGGUUUUCCUUAUUGUAAGGAAUAAAACGAACAUCAUUUGAUUAAAAAAUUGUAUGUGAUAAAUAUAUGAUGGUUUCAAGUUUCAACUCGUUAAGCUCUUCGCUAAAUUCUAUGUUCUUAACUUUUAUUAAUUCUAAUUUCGUCUUUAGUUACUAAAAAGAGACCUUCUAUAAGAAUGGUGUAUAACGCAC